UGUGUUAAUCUCCGCAGUGAUGUUGGUAGUGGUGAACGCUCGUCUCCAUUGGUGUUUCCAUCGCGGCGGCAAGCGGCGUUCACACGUUUCCCGUCAUAUCCCAGUUCACAUUCGUGCGGCUCCCUCCCCACCUCCUUAACCCCCUACCCCCCGCCGGUGGUAUGGCUCAGUCGAGCGUUGUUCGUUGCACCAAGUACAUCAUCUCCGAGGUUGAAUCGUCCAUAUACCACGCGUUUUAAUUAGUCACACGCCUGUCAAACGAAUCCCAACGGGGGAUUAAUAACAAGUGUAAAAUUGUCUUGAUCUGGUCAUCAUACUCUUCAUCACAUGUUAUGUCACAGUUUUGGUGAUUUGUUGUUCGAUGAAUUAUGGAGGAAAUAUGUCAAUCAUCAUCCGCUCAUCGGCUAUCAUUUCACGAGGUGCACAGUCGACUCCUCAGCAUCUGAAAGAAUUAGUGAUAAAUUUUGAACAUCACUAAAUGGCAGUACGAAUGAGGCAGGCACAAUAAUUGAGAGGAAAUAUAAUCGACGAGAAAGUGAAAAAGAUUUAUGGUGCAGAAGACCUACGAGUAGGAAGCGACGCGUCGUUGUAACGAGGUGAAAAGUGUCCUUCGAGGGGGUGCAGUGAGGGUAGGAGGCGAUAUCAAUCUGAGCAAAGAAGUGAUACGAAAUUGAAGGGAGAGUGUUUCAUUGCUAAAUACAGUCUUAAAACCCGGUGACAACUGAGUUAAUUGAUACAGCAGCGAAUCUGCAUUUAUCAUACCUCAGUUUUAAUAUAUUUAUCAUGUGAUAUUACAUGUGACGUGUAUCAAUCUGUAAAGUUACAAUUUUCCAAAGGUUUCGCCUCAUUACAACUAUUGAACAUUAAUUUGUGAGAUACGAAGUGAUGUGCGUGAUGGUGAUUGUGUGUUGCACGUGGGAGUACUCAUAAUGUGGUCCAAUGACUGAUUUAUUCCGAGAAAUAUUGCGUGAUUAAGGGCAAGAGUAAGAUGUAUCCCGCACCGGCCAGACACCCAGCCGCUGCCGGUGGCGGUGGAAGCGGCACGGCUGCGGGCGGUCUGAAAUUCACGGUUGCUGAUACUUGCGAAAGAAUCAAAGAGGAAUUCAAUUUUAUGCAACAGCAGUACCAUUCGUUGAAACUUGACUACGAGAAAUUAGUCAGCGAAAAAACUGAGGUACAGAGGCACUACGUGAUGUACUACGAGAUGUCUUAUGGGCUCAACAUGGAGAUGCAUAAACAGACGGAAAUUGCCAAGCGCUUGAGUGUGAUCAUAUCGCAGGUGAUGCCUUGUUUAGCGCAAGAGCACCAGCAGCAAGUAGCUAAUGCCGUAGAGAGGGCCAAACAAGUCACCAUGACCGAACUCAAUGCCAUUCUCGGGCAACAGCAACAACAGGGUCUUCAACACCUCCUGCAACAAAUUCACGCCCAACAAUUGCCCCACAGUGCUGUUGUGGGAAGUUUGCCACCGGCAAGUCUAUUGAGCUUUGCUGGUGCAGCAGCGGCCGCUGGAGUACCACCCCAUCUGGCACCACCACCUCAUCCAGUAGCAGCAGCAGCUGUUGUAGCAGCCCAGGCACAAGCACUCCUCAAAUCUUCAGAUCUUCAACAACAUCGGGCUACCCCUGGUACACCAGAGGACCGAAAGCCCAUUGCUAUACCUGAGGACAGGCUCAGACGAUCCAUUUCACCUUCUGAAAAGUUUAGAUCUAGGACGCCUGACCUUGAGGGGGACGCGAAGAGGAGAAAAGAGGAGAAACUUCGGCAUGAGAGCGACGGCGAGAAGAGCGAUCAGGAGCUUGUUGUGGACGUCGCUAACGAAGUCUCCUCGCCCCAUGCGAAUGGUGACCACUCGGACCACCGGGAGAACGGCACCUUCGAGAAAAUCGUCGGUCAAAGUCACGCUGGCGUUGUAUCCAGUGCAGCAACACUGGUGAAGGAACGACCGCCAUCACGAAGUGGAAGCUCCUCAGCUCGCAGUACACCCUCACUGAAAAGUAAAGAUAUCGACAAGCCGAGCACUCCAGUGGCAGCGAGGGGCUCGCGCAGUUGUACGCCAACUAUGGCGUCAAUUCCUGGUGCCUUGGGGUCCCGGGUCUAUCAUCUGCCAUCUUCGCAGCAAACAGCGCUGCAGGGAUAUCAGGGUUUACCAUCCCGAGGCAGUGAGACACCUCAGUCUCCAUCUUCUUAUAAUAGUUUAUCUUAUUCGAGAGCAUCAUUACUCAGUUUCGACGGUCACGUGAGGGUCCCCUCAGCAAAUGGUUUGAGCAACAUCCCCGGUGGUAAACCUGCGUACUCAUUUCACAUGAACGGUGAGGGUCAGCUUCAGCCAGUGCCCUUCCCAACGGAUGCCCUACUGGCACCCGGAAUUCCCCGUCACGCACGACAGUUGAACACCUUGAUUCAUGGUGAGGUUGUCUGCGCUGUGACAAUAUCAAAUCCGACGAAAUACGUCUACACCGGGGGUAAAGGUUGUGUCAAAGUCUGGGAUAUUGGUCAGGGUGGUGGAACAAAAGCCGUGUCACAACUCGAUUGUCUACAGCCAGACAAUUACAUAAGAUCGGUGAAGCUUUUGCCUGAUGGGAGGACUUUAAUUGUCGGUGGGGAGGCGAGUCAGUUGAGUAUCUGGGACUUAGCCAGUCCCACACCGAGGAUAAAGGCUGAAUUAACAUCGUCAGCACCUGCUUGCUAUGCUCUCGCCAUAUCACCAGACUCGAAAGUCUGUUUCUCGUGCUGUAGCGAUGGUAAUAUUGCUGUUUGGGAUCUUCAGAAUAACUCACUGGUGAGACAGUUCCAGGGGCAUACCGAUGGCGCCUCCUGCAUUGACAUAUCGGCUGAUGGGGGGAAAUUGUGGACAGGGGGCUUGGACAAUACUGUGAGAUCCUGGGAUCUCAGGGAGGGUAGGCAAUUGCAGCAGCAUGACUUCACUUCACAGAUAUUUUCUCUUGGCUAUUGUCCCACUGGUGAGUGGCUAGCUGUUGGGAUGGAGAACUCCUUUGUCGAGGUCCUGCAUGCCAACAAGAGUGAUAAAUAUCAGCUGCAUCUCCACGACUCUUGUGUACUGUCACUUAGGUUCGCAUCCUGCGGCAAGUGGUUUGUUUCCACGGGUAAGGAUAAUCUACUUAAUGCCUGGCGCACACCGUAUGGAGCAUCAAUAUUCCAGUCGAAAGAAUCCUCAUCAGUCCUCAGCUGUGACAUCUCCGCUGAUGACAAGUUCAUCGUUACCGGCUCCGGUGACAAGAAAGCAACUGUCUACGAAGUGAUAUAUUAAAUUAAAUAAUAAUAACAGUAAGCAACUCUGUCAAUUGACAAGAUUUGUAAAAUUUUCUAAUGUGUAAAUAGGAAAAUACGAGGACGAGCACAAGGUGAACAACGAAAGUGUGAUUAUGAUUACUCUUAGAUCCCCCGUUUGUAUAAUAUUGAGAGACAGGUGUUGUAUAACAUAAUGUAACUUCAUUCCUAAGAAAGGCCAUUGGUGAAUACUGUGAACAUUAAUUUUAGUUACACGAAUAUUUUCGUUCAGAGGUACUUGAUGUUUGCAAAGCAUAGCAAUUGUACAUAAUCUCACAUUAUAGAAAAUGCGGAAAUGACUAUUUAUUUUGUUCUAUUGAAUUCAUCAGCUAUUUGAAUCAAUUGUACAUAGAGAUAACUUCUAUUGACAUUAAUUUUUCAUCUUAUCAUUAAGAAUUUAAAAAUUUGUCCUGUCGUCUUUGUGAUAAAAAAAAAAGGCAAUUUUAUGCCUGGAAAAAUUGUAAUAAAUGUUUCAUAUUUGUUUA